AUGGCCAUGGCAGGUCUCGAUAUCGCGGGUGUGGUCGGCACUUGGGUCGCUGCCGGCCUUGCCGUCAUCGCCUUGUUCGGUAUCGUCGGGCCCAUCCUGAUUUUGCGUGCGUCUAGAACAGAACGACAUAAAGCGAUAGUCGGCAUCGGAUCAAGAAAUCAUGGCUAUGUCUCCAAGGGGAUCCCAGUCUGGCCUGGCGUGCGCCUAGCGCAAAGAGUUCGCGCGCCACGGAUCGACAUGGCCCGGAAGUUCAAGGACAAGGAGUGGAUCGAAUUUGAUUCAAGACGGAUGAAACUCGACGAUAGCAAGGUCUCAGAGUCGCCUGCAUCUUGGGUGUCUUUUGGAGCAUUUCUAGAAGGUUACGCCGUUGAAUUUGAGGCGAACAGCGACAUUGCGGUCAGCAGCAGUUCGGCCUUUCUACCCGUUAGCAAAGCGUUCCUGAUGACUUUUGCCCUCGUAGGGCGUUUCUCUGACGAGCCAGAUAGAAGGCGCAAGAUCAAAGGAGAUGGGGCUAGGACGUGGGAUAGACGCAAUGCCAGGAAAUACCCACAGUAUGACUUCGAGGUUGGGGUACGACACGGUCAUCGACUAUUUACAGAGAUUCAUGGUCUGACUGGAACUUUGAGUUUCAAGAUGCCCGAUGAGGAUAGUCAUGAGCCUGUUGCUGGAGACAUUGUCAAAUCGUCAUGGUCGGUUGUCUUUGACGGGGAGUCCAUAUUGGAGCCGCUUCAGAUUCCUUCGAACCCAAUCAGUCUAGAGGACAUGACUAUGCUAUGUUUGGGCUUCUUACCCUUUUGUGGAGACAAUUAUAUCAAUUUUCUUGACCCUUUGGAAGAUGACUAUAGCAAGGGCGAGGAUCGUGAUAUAGACGACACCAAUCAGGUUGGAAAAGGAUACACGAGAUACACGAGAUUAAUUUCAAACACAAGGGUGAGGGACGUUGAUGGAAACUAUGAUGACCUUCACGGCUAUGUUCGGCCCAUGUAUAGGGAAAGAACGCCAAGACGCUUCAAGUCCAUCAUCGAUCCGAACGACCCACCUAUCACAGUUAUCGCAUAUCAGCUUUGGGACAUCAUCCUGGUUGAAGCCAAAAUCUUAGCACAUUUGCCCCGGCAAGAAAAUGCUAAAUACUUCGCACUUCUUGAAAUGGGACUCGAUGGGAAGACUCAAUCCGAGCUACGAAAGUUAUCUGACCAUACCUUUGUGCCAGCCGCCGCACCCUGGGUUCGACUGGAUGUACCAUCUUAUGCACAAAGCGACUCCAGUACCGAAUACUACAUCAGACGUGUAGACGCUCAGCGAAUCGCUCUGAGUUUGCUCAAUAUACCUUGGCACCCCGAGGGAUAUCUUUUACCUGGCGUCGCGAAGAAACACAGUCGAGCCAAAGUUAUGCAACGGUUAGGUUCAAUCUCUGGAAGAACACGUCCAUUUCUCAUUCGCCUCCGGCAAGGAAUCUCAGCAUUGAAUCUUAGUUCCAAAGAUGAGCAGAGCUUCCUAAAGUCCUCCGAACUGGUUGUCAAAAGAGCUGCCUCGUCGCCUACGAGAAGGUCCUUGCUGGAGCCACUCUUCCUUUUUGACGAAAUUGUCAAAGACUUGCAGCAUGAACGCGUCGAGGUCCAACAAAUGGUCGGUAUCCUGAUGUUGACCAACGAGGAGUUUGCGGAUCUGGUGUACCAAUCUGCCCGACACAUGACAGUCUCGUCCAAGGUGCCGAUCGAGUUUGACUUCCGUGCUGGAACUUUGACGAUCCCAAGCACGUUCGGCACCGUACAGACCUUUGAGUUAGAUGUGGAGAAUCUACAGAGGCAGCAGCAACUCCAGCUGGGAGCUCAGGGCAAAAUUUCUGUUGAGCAUUCGGACAUCCUCAAAGCCGCUUUGCGGGCCUAUCUGAGAAGUCUGAUGCUUGCAAGUUGUUAUGAUGCAGAACCAUUGACCGAUUGCUUCGAUAGUAUCACGGGGGAUAUUUUAUACAUGGCAUGA